AUGUUGAGUUCUUGGAUAGUAGGCCUUUGUGCCAGUUCUUUGGCGCAUGCACUUCCUGUCUCCGAUUACGCCGCUACCAAAGUCCCGCGCCUCAUCGUUUUCGGGGACAGCUUCAGCGACAACGGAAACGGCUCUUGGAUAGUCAGCAAUGGUACAUGGCCGGUAGACCCGGCUUAUUACAGACAUUCGUUCUCAAAUGGGCUCAAAUGGAACGAUCUAGUGGCCAAAGAUCUUGGUUUUGAGCUGAUUAAUCUCGCAACUGGUGGAGCGACGACCAACAACGACUUCGUCGCCGGAGGUACGGGUUCCGAGUCGACGAUUUCUGUUCCUUCGGCCGCAGACCAAGUUUUGUCAUUCCUAUCAUGGGAUAAGCCGUCAACCGAUGAUAUCUUUGUUCAUUGGAUUGGCGCCAAUGAUAUCCUGUUUAAUACGAGCAUUACUGGAGAACAGGUUACGAGCCUGAUCAACGAGAAUGUCGAUAGAUUGUAUCAUGCCGGCGCAAAGAAGAUCAUCCUCGCCAACUAUCUCAAAGCCACAACCUUCCCAGCAACUUACAACUCGCCCGAUUAUGACAUCCCUAGCGUCGAAGUAUACAGUAGCGAUCUCACACAAGGCCUCAAAAACAUUGCUGCCGCUUAUUCUGCCUAUGCUCAGACAGCUGUGGUCGACGUGGGAGGCUUGUUCAAAGAUAUAACCUCAGAUCCCGAAGCUUAUGGAUUUGAGGAUAAGUAUCUGAACCCGCCCACAGCGUGUCUUACUGGUGUUUACACGAGCGAGGGUAUACCACGGCACUUGUGUAGUGAUCCAGAGAAGCAUGUGUUCUUUGACUCGUAUCACCCUGGGAAGGAAGUGCAUGCGUUGAUUGCGGAGUUGUUUGAACAAAAGAUUCACCAGAUGUCGGUCUGA